AUGAAAAAGGACGGUUCUUCAGGUUCCUUCAGGCUUAAGUCAAAUUCAGGUUCACUCUCACGUGCUGUGAGUUGGAUAAAUUUCUCCUCCUUGUCCAGGCAGACAAAGAGGCUGUUUCGCAGUGACGGGGAGCUCGCGGUCUGCGGGCAGCAGGUGCAAGAAGAUGAUGAAAACUGGACAUACAGAAGCCAGCCCAGAAAAGCGGUUUCCAACCUCGACGAGGAGAGUAGAUGGACAGUGCACUACACGGCUCCGUGGCACCAGCAGGAAAAUGUGUUCCUGCCCUCCACCAGACCGCCCUGCGUGGAGGACCUGCACCGCCAAGCCAAGCUCAACCUCAAAUCAGUACUGAGGGAGUGUGAUAAACUGCGCCGAGAUGGCUGCCGCAGCUCCCAGUUCUACUCCCAAGGACCGACCUUUGCAGCCAGCUGCAGCCCGCUCUGCGAUGACUGUCAAGAUGAGUCUGAUGAAGCAGACCAAAAGUCUUCUAUUUCUUCAUCAGAAGAAAGACUUGUUUCCAUCAGGAGAUCUAAAACGCCAACCUCAAGUGACUUCUCUGACCUUAACACUCAAACGAACUGGACCAAUUCACGUCCCUUGCCAACCCCAGAAGAGAAGAUGCGACAGCAAGCCCGAGCAGUCCAGGCUGACAUGGUUCCUAUUAAUAUAACCGCAUCAGGCACUGGCCCAGAUGAGGCUGGUGGUCACCCAGUAUAUAGCCCUGACCACUACUCUACACUAGGAAGGCUCGACAGCUACACGCCUUCGGGGCAGCGCUCAGAAACCAGGGACUCCAGCUGCCAGACGGAGGAAGUAAAGAUCAUUCCACCUUCAGUGAGAAGGAUCAGGGCACAGAGGGGGCAAGGCAUCGCCGCCCAGAUGAGCCACUUGUCAGGAUCCUCUGGGAACAUGUCUGUGCUGAGCGAUUCUGCUGGCAUUGUGCUCCCCUCUCGCCUCCACAAUGACGCUGGCUUCCACAGUCUGCCGCGGUCCGGAGCGAGGGCAAAUAUUCCGUCCCUUGAGCCACAGCAGGGUGUCCUGGGCCCUGCAGAAGACAUUGAGGGUGCUUUCUCCUACCAGAGGAGUAGCCCACACCUAGAUGAAAACACAGGACGUUUAGGGGAUGCUCCAAGGACUGGCACACUUUUGAGACCCAAAUCCCAGGAGCUGAGGCACUUUGAGGGUGAAAACACAACAAACCCAGCGUGUAUGGUUUCUCCUCACGCCACCUACUCGACCAGCAUCAUCCCAAAUGCCACGCUUUCUUCCUCUUCGGAGGUAAUUGUUAUUCACACUGCUCAGAGUCCAGGACAGCUGGACAGCAAAAUCACCAGCUCAGCUUCCUAUACAAAGAUCAGAUCCAGAGACCAGCUCCUGUCCAGGCAUGCUGGUAAAGAUGAUCGUCGUGCUGCUAGUGGCAGCUGGAGUCAGGGUCACUCCCCCAUUCAUUCGCAGGCCUUACCUCCCCACCCCUCCAGGGCAGCCACACUGCUAUCCCUCUCUGAUUCCACAGGCUCGCUAGUUCCCCCAACAAAUGGGGAGAAUGAGUCCCAAGCUGUGGCCUUUCACUGUAGAAACAACGUGGGCUUCCCAGCCCACGCCCAGGAUGUGGACAGCAAGAGUGAGUCCAGUUAUUCAGGAGGAAGGGGGCAUGGCAGCAGCGAGCCCUGGGAAUAUGUCUCAGGUAAUGGCCAGGCUUCCCCAACAAAGCCCCAUCUGGCCACUCCCGGUUACUGCACGCCAGUCAGUAACAUGAGCAGCUGCAGUUUGGACCAGACGUCAAACAAAGAUGAUGCCAGGUCCCUGUGUUCAGAGGACCACGAUGGCUACUACACAGCCAUGCACACAGACCCUGGGCAGGGGCCGGGGAAUCUGGGCAACAGCAGCAAUGGCUUUGGGUACCCCAGGCACAGCAUGGUCAAUGUUUUUGAUGGACGAGCUCAGAAGAACCAAGGGGAGGGGUCAAAUCACCUUUCAAGAAACAUCUCCUUGAAGAAAGCCAAGAAGCCUCCCCUGCCACCAUGUCGGACAGACUCCCUCCGCAGGAUUCCCAAGAAGGGCGGCCAGUCUAACGGGCAGGUGCUAAAUGAGAGCCUGAUUGCUUCGCUCCAGCACUCGCUGCAGCUGAAUCUCCCCGCCAAGGGCAGCAGUUCGCCCUCCCAGAGCCCCUGCAGUGACUUUGAGGAGCCCUGGCCGCCUCGCUCCCGCAGCCAGAGCACCGUGAGUGCCGGCAGCAGCAUGACUUCCGCCACCACCCCCAAUGUCUACUCCCUGUGCGGGGCCACGCCAGCUCAGAGCGACACGAGCAGCGUCAAGUCCGAGUACACGGACCCCUGGGGUUACUACAUUGACUACACGGGCGUGCAGGACGACCCGGGAAACCCAGGCGGGGGCGGUGCAGCCAGCAAUGGGGCGCCCACCGGAAAUGGGCCCGCCCGCCACCUCUCAGAUGGGUCCAGGGUCCCCACGCCCCUUGUGCCCGGCGGCCCCGGCAAACCAAAGGUCACCUCGCCGGAGAAAUCGCACAGGGUCACUUCUCCAUCCAGCGGUUACUCCAGCCAGUCCGACACACCCACUGCGCUCACCCCCGUGCCUGUGUUCUUAAAGUCCCUGUCACCAGCUAAUGGCAAGGGGAAGGCCAAGCCCAAGGUCCCCGAAAGAAAGUCCUCGCUGAUAUCGUCGGUGUCCAUCUCCUCCUCGUCCACGUCCCUGUCAUCUAAUACAUCCACGGAAGGGAGCGGCACUGUGAAGAAGCUGGAUUCUGCGUUGGCCUCUCCCCUUGCUCUCCCUUCUCUGCCAUCUCCCUGCCCUGCUGACAAGUCUCCUUUCCUGCCUCCUCCCCCUCCUGUUGUCCACCCCUCCCCCCAUUCCUCUGGGGGCUCCCCUCUGCCUCACUCUCCCCUUUUCCCGCCUCCACCUCCCGAAGUCCUCACCCCCUACUCUCCCGCCCCUGAUGCCAGCUUUCCUCCUCCCCCCACAGCACUUAACCCCCUUCUUCUGGAUUCUUCUGCAUCCUUGUCAUCUUCCCCACCUCCUUUGCCCUCCUCUGUUCCCCCACCUGCCUCACCCCUGGACCCCAAAUUGAUGAAAGACUGCAGGCCUUUCCAAAAAUCUGGCCAGCCAGAAUGGUCCCGGGAGGCCGAUAGGCCGCCCCCUAACAAGGAGGCGGGCAGCGGGCCCCCCAUGCCCCUCAUAACCACGGAAGCGCUGCAGACGGUACAGUUGAGGCCGGUGAAAAAGAACUCAGGACCCGAGGUAGCACUGUCACAGGAGCAAAUAUCUCAGGAAAAACUAACUCCCGUUGUUCCCCAGUAUCAUUUAAAGCCAUCUGCUCUCCUGAAAUCCCGAAAUAGCAUAAAUGAAAUGGAGAGUGAAAGCCAGCCUGCCUCCCUGACGAGCUCGCUUCCGUCUCCUGCCAAGAACUGGAGUCAGGGUCAACAGGGUGGUGCAACGGAGCAUGGCCUCGGGAGCCGCAGCCAGGGCAGCGCUGGGGAGGCCGGGCCCGGCCCGCACACCACGCUGCUCCCGCAGCCCCCAGGUCCUUCACCCAGCAGGAAGCCGCCCCCCAUCUCCAAGAAGCCCAAACUGUUCCUUGUGGUACCACCUCCGCAGAGAGAUUUCACAGCGGAGCCCGCGGAGAACGUGAGCGAAGCAGCGCCCAGCCCCACGAGGGGAGAGGCAGAGAGUUGUGCGGCCGGGACAGGUUCUGAUGAGACGGACUCUGGCAGUCUGGUUCUUGAGGGAGGAGCUGCAGGAUCCGCAUCCCUGGCCAGAGCGGAAGCCAAUGUCCCCAUGGUGCAGCCCGAUGCCUCGCCAGCCCCCAAUCAAGAGGAGCUCGGUGCCAGCAGCAGUUCGGAUGGUGCUGGCGAAGUGGAGAGCUGCCCGUCACCGCAGGACGCAGCGCCUGGGGUGCCGGAGACCCACACAGCCCAUUCUUCCUUGGACACCUGUGACUUCCCUAAGGAGGAAGGGAGUGAUGAGGUGAUGACCCCCAGUAGACCCCGGACCACAGAAGACCUCUUUGCAGCUAUUCACAGAUCCAAGAGGAAAGUUCUUGGCCGUAAAGAUUCAGAUGAUGAUCACUCCCGGAACCAUUCGCCCUCCCCGCCAGUGACACCCACCGGCGCUGCCCCCAGUCUGACUUCUCCGAAACAAGUGGGAUCGAUUCAGAGAAGCGUCCGGAAGAGCAGCACCAGCAGCGACAACUUCAAAGCUCUGUUACUGAAAAAAGGAAGUCGCUCCGACACCAGCGCCCGCAUGUCCGCCGCAGAGAUGCUCAAGAACACAGACCCAAGGUUCCAGAGGUCCAGAUCAGAGCCUUCGCCCGAUGCCCCUGAGAGCCCGUCAAGCCCCUCCCCGAGCAAGAACAGAAGGGCCCAGGAGGAGUGGGCCAAAAACGAAGGCCUGAUGCCUCGGAGUCUGUCCUUUUCCGGCCCCAGGUACGGGCGCAGCCGAACGCCCCCCUCGGCAGCCAGCAGCAGGUACAGCUUGAGGAACCGCAUCCAGAGCCGCCCCAUGACCGUCAUCUCUGAAGGCGAAGGGGAAGCGGUGGAGCCAGCGGACAGCGGGGCUCUCCGGACCCUGGGCCCCGCAAGUGCGCGUUCGCCUAAUGGACCUGCAGGGGAUGUGGGAGCUGGGGGUCACCUGCUCAGCGGCGGGGAGCCCACCGCCCCGCUGCAGGCACAGGCUGCAGAUGGGAUGGCUGGUGCGGACAGGCAAGGACCCGUGAGAACCGGGCAGAGGUCCUCUGAGGGAAAAGAGUUAGGGGCAAGCACCUGAAUCUCCAAGGAGAUGGGGGGAAAUGCCCAACAUACGGUUCUGGGAAACUCAACAGGGUCUCUUCCUUGCCUCCCCUGGGAUCCCAUCCAGCGUGGGUGUUGUCAUCCCAGGCGCUGCCAGCUUGCAGAGCAAGGGGGAGGGGUAUUUAGGAGUCACUUGGCACUUGCCCUGUGUCUUAAAAGCAAGUAGAAGCUUAACUUCUGAAAGUGCUUCCUGGGGAAGAUUUGUGUGUGUGUGUGUGUGUGUGUGUGUAUUUGCCUAAAUGCUGGAGGCGUGUGUAGAGCUGUGUGGCUGUGCAUUUUGAACAUUUUUGUAUGUUAAACAGGCGCACAUGAACAGCAUGUACAAAUAUAGAAGAGUUAAGCUAGGUAGAGGAAUGGAGUCUUCUGGGCUAGGUGAUGAUUGCUUUAAAAGUACUGUGUUUCUGGAAAUGAAAGUGUCCCAGAAGUAGGGAGAGGCUGUUGUUUCUAAGAAAGCGGUGGUAGAUUAGCAGGUUCUGAGUGCUCAGAACACAUGGGUAUAUGCACAGGUGUGCUUUUGAGGUGAGCCGCGUUGUGGUUAACCCACAAAGUUGGGGAAGGGCUAAGUGACUAAAUUGGAUCAGGUACUUUUUUCUGGGGAAAAAAGGCUUUGUUUCUUUUUUGUAAAAAUGACAAAAACCCAUGGAAGUGGCAGUGGUAUAACUUGGAGUCAGCUCCUUGCAGCCACAGAUACAACUUUAAGCCCGAUUUUUGGAAAUAUGGGUCAUUUUUAAGUGAAUUCCCUCCAUGAGUAGCAGCUGAGACCUUCUCUGAGAAUGAAGUGAUGGUUAGCACGUACAGAGAGGGUCAAAGAGGACAGAAGAGGCGUAAGUGAUACACUGCUGGAAUUGUUUCCUGCUUAUUAAAUAAAAUUAUUUUUCAGAAUUAAAUUUGAAAUCUUGCACUACAGAACUCGGGUGGCGCUUUCCUUUUUCAACGGUUUUUUACCAGAGUUUAAAUUCUCCAUUUGGCAAUUUCUUAUCUCUUGAAAUAUCAGCGUUUCCUAACUUUUGGAUCUCUUUUUGGUUACACCAAAGAAAUGAUGGCUAUUUUUCCUUGAACUACUUGCAGUAUCAUGUCCUCAUUUAGAAAGGUUUAUCAAAAUCUAUUAUAUAUUAUCUUUAUUUGGAGAACAUGCUUAAUAGCUUUUGUUAGUCCCAUAAACUGGUAAAAAUUGGCAGGGCUUGGUGAUGAAUUAGCCCUAGGAAAUGAGUUUUUAGAUUAAAACAAUUUUUCACAUCAUUCGGUUUGUGCGUUUAUAUACAUAUUAUAUAUAUAUAUUUUUUUAUAAAUAAUUGAAUUGGCUGAUUACCUUCUAAACUUCUCCAUCUAGAAUUCUAAUUGCUUUUAGACAUGGCGGGGAGGGAAACUAUGCAAAGUAUUUCUUUUAAUGUCAUGUUUUUCUGAUUCCCUUUCCCCACUCCCACACAACUUCAUGUAUGUAAACUCCUUUAUUUAUUGGUCAAAUAAAAUCAACAUCUUGUCUUCUUCAUUAGAAGGAUGUAAGAUGACAAUACUGAGAUUUUUGACCUAAAUACAGUGCGACUGCCAGUUGUCAUCUCUUUUGGUGUGAAAAAUAUCAUGUAGCAGUUAGACUGCACAGGUGAAUUCAUCGUAAGCAGUGAGCUCCUAACACGAUUCAGCAAGCACCAGUCCUCAUGCCAACAGGCACCACACUGAGAGCCUGACUGUAUGGUAGGUCAGUGUAAGUUCACUGAAGAAAUCACCAAACCUUGCCUUUUUCAGGCAAUGUCCCUGUCUUUAAGCACCAUUCCUGACUGUACAUAAUGCCCAUUUCAGACAUGUCACUGAGACAAACCUAAGGAAUUAAGAUUCCUGCCCUUCUCUGGGGAAAAGCAAAACAAAACACUUUAGGCAACCAGAAACCAAGACCUGGCAUUUGGCUUAAGGCCAAAGGAUUUUUUACCAUUGGGAACAAUCAUUACUAUGUUGACACACAGACCCUUUUAUCCAAGUUUUAGAAAAGGGGAACUGGCUUUUGGAUAUGAAUUCUGCUCACAGCUGCUUGAGAGAGAUAAGAAUCUAUGUGGGUAGGAGAAGACUUAAUAUAUGAAUCAUGUAUGUUAAAGGUAAAAGAAACAACAUGAA